GUCCCUGGGAUACAGUGGAUCACCGAUCAGAUGAAAGAGCCGAAGACAUCGGCUCUGUCAUGUGAUCAGCUGUGUCCAAUCACAGCUGAUCGCAUGUCAUAUACAGUGAUCAUCAAGGCACUGAUAAUCAGUGCCCUGAUGAUCAGUAUAGCCCAAUCAGUGCCACCUGUCAGUGCCCAUCAGUGCCACAUCAAUGCCACAUAUCAGUGCCUACCAUUGCACAUCAAUGCCACAUAUCAGUGCCCAUCUGAGCUGCCUUUCAUUGCAACCUAUCAGUGCCAGUCCGUGCCACCUAUCAGUGCCAGUCUGUGCCACCUAUCAGUGCCCAUCAAUGCCAUUUAUCAGUGCCUGUCAGUGCUGCUU